AUGUCUCUCCAGUUGUGGCAGGCCUCAUUGGUGCUACUGUCCUUGUGGUUUCUGUCUCAGUAACAGUUUUUGUGUGGACAUGCUGCCACCAGCAAGCAGAAAAGAAGCACAAAACCCCACCGUAUAAGUUCAUUCACAUGCUAAAAGGCAUCAGUAUCUACCCGGAGACCUUGAGUAACAAGAAGAAAAUUAACCGAAUCCGGAGAGACAAGAGUGGCACUCCAAAGGAGCCUGCAAGGGGAAACCUCUUGGUGGAUGCUGCUGAAUCUGGUUUCAUAGGCUCCGAUAAGGCUCCAGAAGGGCCAAAUGCAGCCCCCCACGUCGACCAGCUCCCAAUAAAAGUAGAUUAUGGAGAUGAACUCAGUCCAGAUCAAAGCCUCACUCCAGGAGGAAGUAAAACCUCCUCCCCAUCUUCUCCAGGCGAUGACAUCAUGUUGGGUGAACUGACUUUCUCAGUGGACUACAACUUUCCUAAAAAAGCACUGGUAGUUACCAUCCAGGAGGCUCACGGACUGCCCGUGAUGGAUGAGCACACUCAGAGCUCUGACCCUUACAUCAAGAUGACAAUUCUUCCAGACAAAAGGCAUCGGGUGAAGACUCGUGUACUUCGCAAGACAUUAGACCCAGUGUUUGAUGAAACCUUCACCUUUUAUGGGAUCCCAUACAGCCAGCUCCAGGAUUUGGUGCUUCACUUCCUCGUGUUGAGCUUCGAUCGCUUUUCUCGAGAUGAUGUUAUUGGAGAGGUCAUGGUGCCCCUUGCAGGGGUGGAUCCGAGCACUGGAAAGGUUCAGCUGACCAGGGAGAUCCUCAAAAGGAACAUACAAAAAUGCAUUAGCAGAGGGGAACUGCAAGUAUCCUUGUCUUACCAGCCUGUGGCGCAGAGAAUGACUGUCGUGGUGCUGAAAGCCAGACAUUUGCCAAAGAUGGACAUCACUGGCCUCUCAGAUCCCUACGUCAAGGUGAAUGUUUAUUACGGAAGAAAGCGCAUAGCGAAAAAGAAGACUCACGUGAAGAAGUGCACUUUGAAUCCCGUCUUCAACGAAUCCUUCAUUUACGACAUCCCUGUUGAUCUCCUUCCUGACAUCAGCAUCGAGUUCCUAGUUAUCGAUUUCGACCGUACCACAAAAAACGAAGUGGUGGGCCGGCUGAUUUUGGGAGCACACAGCGUCACGGCAGGGGGCGUGGAGCACUGGCGAGAGGUGUGUGAGAGCCCUAGGAAGCCAGUCGCCAAGUGGCACAGCCUGAGCGAAUACUAGCAGAGCUGCGGCAGUGACAGCUGACUCGUAGGACAGACUUAAACCUUGUUUUAGCUGUAGAACUAAACGUUCCUAAGAAGCAGCAGCUGAUUGGUUCUCUAGUGAUGUGAUUUUUGCAGGGCACUAAAAUUCUAAAGAGCAUU